CAGUCGCAGAGUCAAGUUGAGUCAGUCGGUCGCCUUUGAGACUGCUGCAAUUCGGAUUCGGGAAGCAGCCAGAAUAUUUGGUUCCGUUCGGUGAUUCCGUCCGUCAGCGAAAAUAACGGAUUGUGUGGUUUCGGGUGAAAUAUUUACGGGUCUGUUGCUUUAGUUCACUUGGUUCAUGUUUCCGUUCUCCGAGUUUGGCUUGAUUUGACAUUUUUACGCCGUUUCGAGCAAGUUCAAGUUGCCGGUAUCGCGUUAAGUUUUGAGAAGCAAUGGGGCAACACGUAUCGCGUACGGAUUUCGAAUGGGCCUACACGGAGGAGCCGCACGCAAGCCGCAGGAAGAUGAUUCUGGCGAAAUACCCACAGAUAAAGAAACUGUUUGGAUAUGAUCCGCAGUUCAAGUGGGUAGCAAGCUCCAUGGUUCUGAUGCAGCUGGUGACGUUGUUCGUGAUAAAGGAUCUUUCGUGGAAGAUGAUUUUCCUGCUUGCUUAUUGUUGGGGUGGAGUCAUUAACCAUUCGCUAAUGUUGGCGUGUCAUGAAAUUGCUCACAAUUUAGCUUUCGGCCAUUCACGGCCGAUGGCUAAUCGGUUGUUUGGAUUUUUCUGCAACCUCCCCAUCGGAUUGCCCAUGUCUGUGAGCUUCAAAAAGUAUCACCUCGAACACCAUCGCUAUCAGGGGGACGAAGUAAUCGAUACCGACCUGCCGACUCUUCUGGAAGCUAAGCUUUUCUGCAACACAUUUGGAAAAUUCAUAUGGGUUUGCCUGCAACCUUUGUUUUACAUUUUCCGUCCACUUAUUGUGAACCCGAAACCACCGCAAAGGUUGGAGAUCGUAAAUGCCAUCAUCCAGCUUACAUUCAACACAAUCGUGGUGUAUUACUUUGGAUGGAAGAUUAUGGUUUAUCUGAUUGUCGGAUCUCUACUGGCAAUGGGAUUGCAUCCGGUUGCGGGUCAUUUCAUAUCCGAACAUUACAUGUUUGCCAAAGGCUUUGAGACCUAUUCCUACUAUGGGCCGCUCAACUGGAUCACGUUCAAUGUUGGGUACCACAAUGAGCAUCAUGAUUUUCCGGCCGUUCCGGGACGACUGCUACCGGAAGUGAAACGAAUUGCUCCGGAAUUCUACGACACCAUCCCGCAGCACAGCUCCUGGACCCGGGUGCUGUUCGAUUUCAUCACCGAUCCGGCGGUCGGUCCAUACGCUCGCAUCAAGAGGAAGGCGCGUGGGCUAGAUUCGUAAGGAAAAGUCAACAACAAACACAAAAUCAAAGCACGGAAGCGCUAUAGAUUUAAAAUGUUUUCAAAACUCGUCCCUUCCGGAGGUGUUCUAGCCUUGAUAUACACAGGUAAGAGCUAUGUUGCGUUAAUUUUCCGACCAACUUUCAAUCGGAAACCAGUCAGAUCAAUUUUCGCGUUAAGAGUAUAAGUUAGAGGAUUCUUUUUUUUGCGAAAAAAAAAAAAACUAAAGACGAACUACCUAUAUAAUAGUUAUCAAAAACUAACAGAUUGUUAACACGGAGUAAGUACACAUCCAAAUGAAUGCCAUCACAGAGUUUUUUAUAGCAAACUAUUGAAUAUACAAAGAUGCAUCGUUAUUUUGCGCAGAUAUAAGCAGCUGACGGCCACAUUUGCUGAUCACUAUUAGAUAAACUAGAUAGUUUCUUACACAUGAAGCAUUGAAAUAUUUCCUAUUAUCCUUACGCUGUAAAACAGGAUCUAUGAGGCAUCUGCUCUGCAAAAUUCAAGAUAUUAUAAUAAUUUCCUACACCUUUAAAGAAACAGUUUCAUGAACAAUCUGGGAAGCGAAAAUAGGCAACAUUGUUUUGUCCGAGUAAAAGAAAACUGACUCAAAAGCUCAACGCAAUUGGCGUUGUUAAUCGUUAUGAACUAAACUUAACAAUUAUAGGUAUUUAACAGACAAGCAACAGAAACGCAGCGAGCAGUGCUCGCUUCGUUCAUUUGAGCGAAGUAAUUGUACUAUUGUAUAGAUAGUAUAUUAUAUUAUGUGUAUUCUUACAGUGACCAAGUCAAAUCAAGUCAAUGGGUGUAUUAGCUUUUCUACGAACGCUCGUGUAAAUUUGAUGUUAACCGACCAUAGAACUGAACAGGAUUGUAUAACUAAUUGAGAUGGAUGAACUUUUACCGUGGCAGGGCAGAAUUGAGGCAGUGUAAAAUGUCUUUAUUUAAAAUGAAACAAAACUAAAUGUUGCUUAAAAAACGCUGUAUAUUUAAACUGAAAGAUAUGCUGUUUGUUGUUUCUGAAUAUUUGGACAGAAAAAAACUCUCAAAUUAACGUGAAAGAAUUCGAUUUAAGUAUAAAACUGACAA